AUGCAUGCACCAUUGUCAUCGUCUGCGCACCAGUUAGCAUCAGUGAUGAGCAUCGAGACCUUCAUCCGCAAGCUCGCCACAAUGUACACGGCCCAGGACAAUGAGACGCGUCGCGCUGCCACCAUGGACGUCCUGGAGGCGGAGGAUCGAAUGGGUCCCGAGGAAAUACUGCAAAUUGGUGUGGGCCUACUGCGCGUUUCGGACCACGGCGUCGCAGUGCAAGCCUACGGCGCCGUCCUUUUGAGACGUGCCGUGGCGUCGGGUCGUCUCGCUGCAGAAAAGGUCCCCUAUAGUGAUAUUAUGAUGUGGUACCUCAAUGAGCCCUCGCUGUGUCGCCUGCUCUGCGGUGACCUGGUCGACCUCAUCACGGAGUGCAUGCUGUAUGAGUGGCCAGAGCGGUAUCCGCACUUCAUGGAGCAGGUCUGUCCACCACAGGCGCAACUUGCCAAACAUCCACGUAAGGUGCGUCUGCUCUCCACGCUCGUUGUGCGGCUUAUGGAUCCACAUCUCGGCAAUGUGCCGCUGCAUCGCAUGAAGCAGCCCAAACGGGCUCUCUCCGCUAACACCAGUGUGAUUUUGGUGGAGACGAUUCAAGCGCUCUUUGACCUCUACACUGCGGCGGGUGGUGAGCGGUCCCAGGAGUUAGCUGAGCCUACCCGUGAAUCUAUUAUAGACUGCCUGACUAUUACGGUGAAUUUGGCCUCGGGCGUCCCCGUGCGGCAGUGGUGGGAGGUGGGGUUAGGGAAUACGCUGUCGGUGCUGGUGCGCUGGCCGCCCGUGGCGCAGGAGGCGCUUGCCGCCACAACCGCCCUCCUAAAAUGCGACGAGUUCGUAAGGUCCACAACAGCCCUGGAUCAGGGGCCGUUGUCGCUGGUGGCAGCCGUGCUGGGUUGUGUCGAGGCGUGUGUGAUGGAGCGAAAUUACAGCACACUUGAGGAGUUGACUGAGCUGCUGCUGGAGAUGCCGAACCCCAUCCUUGAGGCCGUCGUCGCUCCAGUGAGUCAGUCGUGUCUAGCGAUGCUGUCCGUUCCAAGCAUCUACAUGGCCACGGCCGUGUGCCACAUUUUGAAGCGGCUGGGCGAUGCCGCGUUUGCCCACAUAAACGCCCUGGAACUCAUGAUGCGGUUUGCGGUGCUGAUACCAAAGAACAAGUUCCACCCCCGGUCUGGCACAGGUGAGCAGGGGAAGAAGCUCUCAGAACAGCAGUACGGGUCUACCGAGUUGUUUGAGCGCGGAUUUGGGGAGUUUCGUGGUCUCACAGGUCACCUGCUCACCGCACUGGCCCGCGUCUACCCGGUUGUCAGCAAUCAGUUUAUCCUGCAACUUCUCAUGAGCCUUUGCGACGGCUGCGGCUCGGCAGAGGACCCCAGAACUUUAUCUGGGUUCGUGACACAGCAGAGUAACACCUUUUGCGAGUGGGAGGCAACGCAGUUUUUGAUCGACCACCUUUCUGAGUCGUUUAGGUACUCCUCAGACUAUGUCCCACAGGCGAUUGCCGCGUUGGUGGCGAAGCAGACAGAGGACAUGGUGCUAUGCCCCGUCUACCUCAACAUGCUCAGCGCCUUCUGGGGCUGCAGGGACGACACUGCUCUGGGUGUGUGGGAGGGAACUCUCGGCAUUAUUUGUGCCUGCCUGGAGCGCAAGCCGAGUGACCCGUACGACAUCGACGUCAGGUCAGCUCGCAAGCGUGCCCUCACGCUGUUGGUUACCGCGUGCAGCCAGCAUGGAGCCCGGCUGGCGUGCGUCUGCGAAGCGUUCAUGAAGAAAUUGGAACAGCUGCUGAUGAUGCCCUCCACAAUGCCGCAGGAGCGAACGCUGCUCUAUGAGGCUCUAGCGGCACUCACCAACGUCCUCCCUGACGAUGAGGGGCAACGCCGGCUUCAGUCAUUUUUCACGCCCGUCACUAAGAUGCUGAUGCAGCGCGUGCAGACCAUGGAUCAGGCGCGGUUUAACAGCAUCAUUACGGCACAAACCACCGAUCUACAAGGGGAGCGGGACAUGCUGCGCGACGGCGUGGUUAUUGUCGCCGGGGUGGUGCGGCGUUGCAAGAUCUGCCCCUACCUGGUGGAGGCCUUCACGGAGCUGAUGCCGUGUAUUCUGCGGCUCAUGGAGUUUAUUCACUCGCUCCGCCCGGAGCAGCUACCCGCCGGCUACGCAUGUAUCCUUGACAUGGAGCGCGAUGUGCGGGAGCAGUACCUGCCGGGCCGGUCACGAAAAAGCAUGCCACGCAAGAACAGCUGGGAAAGGGCCCGCCUCAUCCUGAUGGAUCUUCGCAUGUCGCUCUACCAGGUGGUUGGGGCGCUGAGCACAUUUUUGCCGGCCGAGCCGCUGCUAGGGAUGCUGCAGAUGCUGACCGCCUCCGCAGAGCUGCUCCCGACGCAUGCCAUGCGUUCCCUGAUCGUGCACUGCAUGUUUCCCAUUGGCACCACCCACGUGGGUCUCAUUGCAAGCAUUCUCCCCAUCUGCGGCGCCUUCUUUGCCCGCGUUACCCAACGCGCUGCCUCCGCCCGCCCGGAGGAUGACGUCAUUGACAAGAAGCAGCUCUUCUACCUCUCUAAGGAAGUCUACACAUUUAUGCGGAGGCAAAUCCUUGAGAAGAAUUUGUUGGUGGGGAAACUGGUGCUCGCCCAAGUCGCAGUUGAGGUGGCGCUCAGUAUGCUGGAGAGCGGCUCCAACGUGCCCGAGGCCUCUCGCUUCAUCGACACGGUUGUGGAGGCCACCAAGAAAGGCUGCGGCGGGAACAGUGCGCUGGAGGCGCAGGUGGAAGAGCUGGCGGUGGGAGCCUUUGGACGCAUGCUGGACUUUGCUGGGGGGGCGGAUGACGCCAUGCUGCCCUUCAAAGAUUGCGAGAGGCUGCUCUUUGCGCUCGCCGAUGUCUACGUCGACCGCUAUCCAGAGUACACGGCGGCGCUCCACUCCCGUUUCCCGCAGGACCGGAUUGACGAGCUCCACGCGCAGUUGGUCAUGUCGCACCGUUUUGACCUGAAGCGUCGGCGGUUCAAGGACUUUGUGUUGCAGGGGACGGGGAAAAACGCGAACGGUGUCUAA